AUGUCUGAUAAUACUUAUACUGGAGAAGACUUUGAAGAAAAAGUUAGAUCUCAAGUUGAAUUUUACUUUUCCGAUAGUAAUUUACAAACCGAUAAGUUUUUGUAUAAAAUUUAUCAAGCUAAUGACGGUUGGGUUGAAUUAAAAACAAUUUUGACUUUCAGUCGUAUGAGACAAUACAGACCAGAAGAUAGAGUAAUUGAAGCAUUGAAAAAAUCAGAUAAAUUGGUUCUUUCUCCAAAUAAUGAUACAAUUAGAAGAAAAGAUCCUUUGAAAGAUUUUAACGAAAUCAAAAAUAACAGAAAGAAGAACACUGUCCACAUUGAAGGUUUCGAUAAAGAAGCUUCUCAAGAUGAUAUUGAAGAAUUUUUCAAAAAUAAGAUUUUUGAACACUUACCAAAAGAAAAAGGUAUCUCAUCAAUUCGUAGAAUCAGAUCAAAGGCUAAAAAUGAAUUCUAUGGUGUUGUUGACGUUGAAUUCAAAACAACUGAAGACGCAGAAUUCUUUUUGAAUAACUUAACCAUCAGUUAUCCUCAGGGUAUUGUCGAAGAAAAAGAUGAUGAAGUCGACAAGAAAUCCGUUUUGAAAAAAAUGUCUCUUUUAACUUUUAGAGAAAUGAGAGAAAGUAGUAAAAGAUUUGGUGUUAAUGAUGUUACUAAAAGACGUGCUUCAUUUAAUGAAAACCGUAAUGGAAACAAGAAAUUCCGUAAAGGUAACAACAGAGGCAGAAAACAAAAUGAUAGAAACAAUGAAAAGGCUGAUGGUGAAAAGAAAGAAACUGAAAAGAAAGAAUCCGAAACUGACUCUAAACCGGAAGCAGAAUCGAAACCAGAAACUGAAAAUCAACCAGCUACCGAACCAAAAGAAGAUAAAUCAAACCCUGAAUCCAAGCCUGAAAAAGCUGAUGCUUAA